AUGGGCGCACUCAACAUCGGCACCCCUUACUGCAAAGAACCGCACGGACGGUUGACACCAUCCCCAUUUGCUCGUGAACACACCACAAUGAUGAGUGUCUACUGUGCGCACGCGUUCAUUACACACGCCUGUCUCCCGCUCCUCUUUGUGUGUAUUGGAUCCGUGGCGCAUAUCAAAAAUACACGAGUGACCCAGUCGGAAAUUGAACCUCCAAACACCACGAGAUCACAGGAACCAUCAGGUGAGCAAACGCAGGUUAAAGUCGGACGGCACCACCCGAAAUCGCGCAUCACUUUCACAAAGCCGGAGAUUGGGAACCACCACCAUUGCAUGGGAUGUGAAAACACACUUGCGGGAGAAAAAGAAAGGUGUACAUCACCAACAGUAUUCGGAAUGCACACGCGACCCUGGGGCACAAAACCUGGCGAGAAGUUCACCUAG